CAGAUUUCUGUUGUUUUUCUCUCCCAAUAGUAUGUCAUCUUAUUCCCGGAUGACUCAUUAGUUUUGCUUUUCAAGAAUGUGAAUAUUUACAAUAGGCCUUUGCACGUAUGAAAGAACCAAGUAAUAGACCGAAUAUUACCAGCACGACUGGGAGUAUCGGUUUCCAACUGGUCGUACAGCUCAUCCCAGUUCAAGAGCUGGUCAAACUGGUUCAAGAAAAACAAACAGUUCCUUUAAAUUCUUGUUAUUGUUCUGUCAAGUGGUUGUUUUCUAUGCCAUUGCAUUCUACAGAUAUGAUUGCCAAUGUCAGGGUCUGCUAUAUUUACAUUACAGAUCUGUGCGUAACCUUCUGUCUUGGAGAUUGCCAGCUAAUUUCAAUUUAAUGCGUUUAUUGGCUGAUAUCGGUGCUCGCUCAUGGAUGAUCUCUCUCAAGACGCUUACAGUAUGUUUUUGAGAGAAGGGUUUUGGCAGCCGUUUGCAGCUCCCGCCUCAUGAAAGGAUCAUGAUGCAACGUUAAGGUUUCCGUGCCUGGCAACGAUUACAGAGAGCGUUAAACUGUCAGAAAAGAGCCCUCAGCUUCAUGACAGAUGUGCAUCUGGUUGCAAUGAAGGAGUGUUGCGAAUGUUUUCCAUCUGUAAAAUAAGAGAGGAGAAAUGCUCUAGCUAUACACCUUAGUGCCAUGUUAACAGCGCCUCCCUGCACAGCUGCGGGGGUGUCUGUACUGUAGUCUAAACGGGACACGCUUUAAACCGUUCACGUCGUGUGCUCUCCAGUCCACAGAACAUACAGCUGGCAGUCAGGACUGCGAAAGGAAAUUCAGGAUGAGAGGGUUCUUUCUUCUGCUGCUUCUCGUCUCCCUUUCAGAUUCCUCAUGGGGCUAACCAAGCCGACGCGAUCACCCUGGAUGCUGGAGACGUGUACACCGCAGUCAAGCAGUUCAACCUGGUCAUGGUGGCAAAGGAGCUCUACCCAGACGGGGGCUGUGUGUUUGCCGUGGCGGUGGUCCGCAAUCAGAGCCUGGAUAUCCGCAGCCUGCACAAGACCAGGAGCUGCCACAGCGGGGCCCGCUCCACUGCCGGCUGGAACCUGCCCAUGGGCUUCCUGCUGUCCAAAAACUACCUGCAGUGGUACGAGGAGCAGCCCCUGAGCGAAGCGAUCAGCUCCUUCUUCAGUGCUAGCUGUAUCCCUGGAGCUGCCUCGCUGGCCCCCGAGCUGUGCACGCUCUGCCAGGGACAGAAGUCCUACACCCGGGACAAGAACUACUUCUGCGAGGCCAGCGAGAACGAGCCCUUCUACGACUCGGAGGGGGCCUUCAGAUGUUUGAAAAGGGGCAAGGCUGACGUUGCCUUUUUAGACCACACAGCUAUACUCCAUAUUGAUGAGUCGGAGAGGGAGAGCUACAGGCUGCUCUGUGCUGACGGGUCCAGAGCAGAGCUGGCAGACUUCAGGAGGUGCAACCUGGGCCGGGGUCCUGGAAGAGCCGUGGUGACGAGACACAACUACAGGAAGAUCGCACGCAAGUUCCUGACCGUCGCACAGCGGCUGUUCGGGCGCCGGGGGCGCAAGGGCCAGCGGUUCCAGCUGUUUGAGUCGUCGGCACUGGGAGGGAGGAACCUGAUGUUCCGGGACGUAACGGAGAAGCUGCUGAUCCUCUCCGACGAGGUGGACAUCAACCAGAUCCUGGGGCUGGACUAUGUGGCCCUGCUGAAAGGACUCGGACACGAAGGGAGCUCCAUGGACAACAGCGUGGUCCGCUGGUGCUGCAUCAGCGUCGGCGAGCAGAAGAAGUGCGAGGAGUGGGCUCUGAACAUCAAAUCCGACCCCCUGGUGUGCGUCAGAGCCGUUUCCAUGAGCGACUGCAUUGAGAAGAUCAAGAGAGAUGAGGUGGACGCGGUCUCUCUGGAUGCCAGUCAUGUCUACAUCGCUGGGAAGUGUGGUCUGGUCCCAGUGGCAGCAGAGUAUUACGGGGAAACGUGUGUACCAGCAGCUGGUGGGACGAAAGGAUCUGCUCAUUACGAAACCGAAGUGCUGCCCCCUGUCUACGCGGUGGCUGUGGUGAAGAAGUCGUCCGGGAACGUGUACUUCGGCAAUCUCUCCGGGCGCCGGUCCUGCCACAGCCAGAUCUACAGCCCCGCGGGCUGGCUGCUCCCCGCCAACCACACCAUCCGAGCCAACGGCAACCAGAGCUCCCACCGCGACUUCAACACAGCGUACAGGGAGUAUUUCUGGAAGGGGUGCAUGCCUGGAGCGCGUGGGAGUCUCUGCAAGGUUUGUAUUGGUGGAGACGAGGACCUGGGAGCCAAACCGUCCAAUCAGAGAUGUGCAGCCAACCAUAAUGAGCGUUACUACGGCAACAUGGGGUCCUUGAGGUGUUUAGUUGGGGAUCCAAGCGGGAAGAGUUUUGGAGACGUGGCCUUCCUGGAACAGCACAGCCUGCUGGAGAACAUUGAGAAUCUGGAGCGGAGCGGCUGGUCGAGUGGCUGGACGGCCCAGGACUUGGAGCUGCUGUGCCCCGGCGGUCAUCGCGUCCCCCUGGCACAGUGGCGGGAGUGUCACCUCGGCGCUGUGCCCCCCAGCGUGGUGAUGACACGCCCCGUCCUCACCACCAAGAUCUACGACUUCCUCAUGAAGUCCCAGGAAACCUUGGAAGCAAACCCAGACUCAGACUUCCAGUUGUUUGAGUCCCAGAAGUACGGAGAGAGUGACUUGCUUUUCAAAGACCUGACGGAGUGCUUGGUCCACACCAGUCACCUGGACCAUCGGGCUAUACUGGGAGAGGAGUUCUACCAGUUAGUUGAGGCAGCCUUCAACUCCACACAAGCAGAUAUUCUGCAGUUCUGCAAACAGGAUGUCUGCAGCAUCUACUGACCUCCUUGCAGCAUGAAGAGGCUCUGCAUCACUAAAGAGUCAAAUCCUAUCGCUCAGCAAUACAAACUUUGUAAUCAAACUGGUUUUACUAAUGCAUUCUCCGGAGAGAGCAGACCAGGGUGUCCAAGGCAGCUACACGUGGCAGAGGCGUUUGGGAAGACUGGUAAAUCGUCACGUUCGUUGUGCAGGAACCAUUCUGUAUAAAUGAGAUUGUAAAGGGCUCUCAGUAUUGGGUGCUUCUGCUUGUUUCAAUGGAUCUUGGGAACGUUUUCAGUAUUAAACAGAAGAAAGGUUAAGACGCUUUGACUAAACAGAUUUCAAUGUAAAAGUAAACUAUAAAUCACGAUGUUGAUUCUAGACUCUUUAUUCCAUUUUGUUAGAAUUGUUUUUUGUGUACAUAUUUAUUUCAUUGUAACUGUAUACCACAUUAAAAACACGCAUCUACAUAAUGAAACCCUUUUUCGGUGUUGAGAGUGAAGCCGCUUGUGUUUUACUUCUCAAGCCUGCAUUUCCACACGUUUUCAGUUAUACUUGCGUGGAAUGUCUUGGAGAUCUUAUCAUUAAUGACAUUACUGUAGUAAACCAACUUCUGAAAGCACCACCCCUGCGCCCAAACGUUAUUUUAAAAAAAAAUGUAUCAGAUAAGUGCAUUCAAGGCAACUCCGUUUAAAACAAAUGUCACUUUAUUUUAUAAAUAAAAACAAAACAA